AUGGAUUGUGAUAUAUUUGGAAUGUAUUUUGUAAAUGGUUGUACUGGCAAAAUGGGCAAGGCAGUAGUUGAAGCAGCUGUCUCUGCAGGAAUUCAUAUUGUUCCAGUAUCAUUUGGUGGUCUAAAAAACGCUGGAAAUACUGUGCAAGUGGGUGGAAAAGAUAUUCAAAUGUAUGGUCCCUAUGAAAGAGAACGCAUUCUAGCAUCUACCUUAAAUGAUUAUCCAAAUUUGAUUGUGGUGGAUUACACAGUGCCUGCUGCAGUCAAUGAUAAUGUUGAAUUAUAUUGCAAAAUUGGCGUUCCUUUUGUAAUGGGAACUACUGGUGGAGAUAGAAAUCGGCUUUAUAAGACAGUGGAAAGCUCAAAGGUUUAUGCCGUGAUCUCUCCCCAAAUGGGAAAACAGCUAGUGGCAUUUCUUGCAACCAUGGAAAAUAUGGCGGAAAAUUUUCCUGGAGUUUUCUCUGGUUACACGCUACAGGUGAUGGAGUCACAUCAAGCUGGCAAACUGGACACAUCUGGAACUGCCAAGGUUGUCAUUUCAUACUUUCAGAAAUUGGGGGUCUCGUUUGAAGUAGAUCAGAAAUUGUCAGACAAUGCAGAAAAUGGGCAAUGUCUUUCUACAAAUUUGUCCCUAAUGGAAACCCAACCCACCACCGCUGAUACACCUGUAAACACAUGCACAGGUUUAGUGUUGUCUCGAAGAGAGAAAGACGAUGAUUUCCAAGCAUUGAGUUCUUGCAGUGUUGAUGAAUCUGUGACAAGCUCCACUUGCAACAAGCCCCCAAACUCUAUCUCUACUCUCACAAACUAUAUGUCAUAUAAAAGCAGAAGCAACAAAAUUGAAGAAUGA